AUGGCGGUAAUUCUCCAGAAGAUACAUCUCACGGCUGCACGGAGUUACGUCUCGGAAGUGGACGUAAACGUUCGGAAACCUUUGAUGAAAAUAUCACGCCACUACCCAAACGUCCGAAAUCAACCCAGUCAGAUAUUUAUUCCCAAGCACAAGACCCUCACGUGUCGGUUGGAGGCGACAAUCUCCUCGAAGAAGGUAUCUCGGGAUUAUGAGUACUGA